CAAAACCCACAUAGAUACCCAAACUUUCUCCUUUCAAAACAGUUUACUGAAACACACAUAACAACCUAAAAACGUUUUCAUCUCACCAACAUCUCUCACUCUCUCGAGUACAGUCUUCUCCUUAUCUUACUCAACUCGAGGCUCACCAUAUUGUGCUCCUUUUCUCUUCUAAGGUUAUGUAUAUUACGUGCCUUUCAGUCCUUGCAUGCAAACUGUUUGAUAAAAGUUCUCACCGAAUUGAUUGAACUUUUCUGUUCUAAACUUAUCAUUGCUGUCUUUUGUCAUUACCUCUUUGACUGAGAUUUACUAAAUCAACUCAGACUUCCAAUUGUUGAACAUCACUUGACUUAAUUUUUUUAAGGACAAAUGGCACCAAGAUGGAAAGGAAAAGAUGCAAAAUCAAAAAAUGAUGCAGAAGCCGAGGCACUUAGAGAACCCAUGUCAAUGAUUAUAUUGCAACUUCAAUCUUCUUUACUUCAAUCAAAUGCUUGUGGAUUUCUCUCUGAUAAUUGUGUACACUUAGUAGUGCAGCCUGAACAACUUGACCUGCUUGAUAAAGCGUGCUUUGGUCGACCUGUGAGAAACGUUGAAAAGGACGUGUACUGGUUUCAACUAACCUUGGAGGAAGCAUUCUACCUAUGUUAUUCCUUGAAAUGCCUCAAGAUUAGUGGUGCUGCUGAAUCUGGUCCUUCAAAUGAUGAUGAGCUCUGGCAUUACUUCAAGUCCAAGAAACAAGCAUUCCCUUUUUUCUACAAGGCUUAUUCCCACCUUCGAAUGAAAAACUGGGUAGUCAGAUCAGGGGCUCAGUAUGGUGUAGAUUUCAUUGUCUAUCGCCAUCAUCCGGCUCGGGUUCAUUCUGAGUAUGGUGUACUUGUUCUAUCACACGACAAUGAUGAUGAUCUAGAUGGAAGACUGAGAGUAUGGUCUGACGUUCAUUGCACUACUCGACUUCUUGGAAGUGUCGCAAAAACUUUAUUAGUUUUGUAUGUUAAUAAAAAUGGGCACAAUGAUGAAUCUCCGUUACGUUUGGCCAACUAUACCAUUGAAGAGCGCACGAUCUCUAGAUGGAGUCCAGAACAAUGUCGUGAAAGAUCCAUAUAGAUAUUUUGCAUGUUAAUAGUACUACUAUUGUUCCAGUUCUGCAUAAUUUAAUAAUUGUUUCUUUUUGUUUUAGAAUCUCUAUACACAACAGAAAAAUUCAACUCACCCUUCAUUAAAUUUGAAGGUAAGUCUUAGAUAUUGCACCUAGUGUUCUUUUAUUUUUGUUUGCUUUCAGUUUUAACCUUCUGUUGAGUGGUUGGUGUAAUCUCACCUUCAUUUUUUGUGGUUUUCAUACUUCAAAAGUUGCAAGAGAGUACAUUGUAGACAUAGACUCUCUGCAUACUCAAACUAUACCUUGGGUAGUAAGACAUUUAUCAAUUGUUAAAAAUAAUUCACUUGAUUAUGAUUUCUCAAUCUUUCAUGUAAUACCAAAAUCAAAAGACUAUCAA